GAUGGCAAAGACAAAGACAAACUCGCCGCAGGUGGCCCGGCGCCGUCCUACGUCUGGACUGGAAGCGGCGGCACUUGCGGUGGCAACCCUGACUUCUUUGCCGCGGCUAGCGCAUCCGCUGUGAACGACGUGCAGGUCAUCUGCGAUGGAUGCGAUGUCUCGCUCUCCCAUGAGCUCAUCGAUGAUGGCGGCUUCUGCGCAGAUUGCCGGGAAAAGGCCGCCACAGCCGCAGCAACAGCAGCCGGAAUCGAAG